GCUACCCGAUGCUCUCGCUCCUCCUCGCCUCCUCGCCCAGCUUCACCGCGCGGCCUCUGCCGCCGCCGCGGGCGCGUUGCACGCCUGAUGUGCUCAUGGCGGCCGUCUUCAUCGAUGGCGAGGCGGGCACGACCGGGCUGCAGGUCCGCGGCAGGCUCAGCACUCGGGACGACAUCGACCUCAUCACGCUGCCCGAGGAGUCGAGGAAGGACCCUGCCGCGCGGGCCGAGGCCAUCAACAAGGCCGACGCCGUGAUCCUCUGCCUGCCGGACGCGGCUGCCAUCGAGGCGGCCGCGCUCGUCGCGGCCGACAACGACCGGACGGUGCUCAUCGACGCGAGCACCGCGCACCGCACGAAUGCAGAGUGGGCCUACGGCUUUCCCGAGCUCUCGGGCGCGCAGCGCUCGAAGAUCGCCGCGUCGAAGCGGAUCGCCAACCCGGGCUGCUACGCGACGGGCUUCAUCUCGCUGCUCGGCCCGCUGGUCGGCGCGGGAGCGGUGCGGCGCGAGGCGCGGCUGGUGACGUCGGCGGUGUCGGGCUACUCGGGGGGCGGGAACCCGCUCAUCGCGGUCUACGAGGGCGCGGAGCACGAGCCGUGGGGCGCCUACGGCUUCUCGCUCUCGCACAAGCACCUGCCCGAGAUGGCCGCCUUCUCGGGCCUCGACCGGCCGCCCAUCUUCAUGCCGGCGGUGGGGGACUUUGCGCAAGGCAUGGUUGUGUCUGUGCCGCUGCACUACGACUCCGACCUCGAGCCCGCCUUUGCCGAGGGCGAGGGGGUCGGCGAGCGACUUCACGCGGCGCUGGCAGCCCACUACGCCGACGAGCACUUCGUCUCGGUGAUGAGCUUGGGCGAGGAGGCGUGGAAGGAGGAGGGGCUGCUUGAGCGAGGCGCUUUCCUCCGGCCAGACGCCCUCAACGACUCGAACCACCUCCAGAUCUUUGUGUACUGCAACGACGCCGCGCGCACUUGCGUCGUCGCCGCCCGGCUCGACAACCUCGGCAAGGGUGCCUCGGGCGCCGCGGUGCAGAACCUGAACAUCGCGCUCGGCCUCGAUGAGCGGACGAGCCUCGAGUAGGGCCUGUCUAGCCCUUGGGGCAGGGCGCUCGGCGGGCCACCCUCGCGGUAGGCAUAAAACAAGUUUAGGUCGUUGAGCAUUAUAGACAAUAGAGGACCCG